AUGGUUCUCGGUAGCUUGGCCAUUCAAGCCGGCCUUGCAAGUCCUCUUUCCCGACCGCUGAGCUGCGCACCCGUCUCUGGGAAUAAGACCAUCGAUGCGUAUCAACUAUACCCCGAAAAUGUCGACUUCGACACUCGUCGUUGCGUUCUGUAUUCCAGUGUUCUCUACAACGCAACAGCUGUCGCUUGGGACCCGUACCAGAACAAGAUCCUGCACACCUUCGAAGCUCCUGGUCUGAGCGGGGAUCCUUUGCUCCAUGCCAGUGGAGUUCGAGUCGACCCCUUGGAUCGAUUGUCAGUCAUCAUCGACGCUGGCGCGUCUUUCGACACUGCGGGUCAGAAUACCUCAGGAGACAAUUUCCUUGUCAAGUACGACUUGCGAGACAACAGCCUCCUCUGGCAAACCAAUCUUACCAAAGUUACUGGGGGCGUGUACAGCGGCUACCAGGAUAGCGAAUGCGACGAAGCUGGCAAUACGUUUGUGCUCGGAACUUUCCCAAGCAGCUUGAUCAAGGUCAGCGCUGAUGGAAAAUCGGCCAUCCCUUGGUAUCUGGUUAAGCCGGCCAAUCACACCAUCCACGGAUUCUCCGGUAUUGUCCGCAAGGAUGAUUUCCUCGUGGUCAACGACAACACUGAUGGCCAGCUGUACCGAUUCGACAUUAGAGCUUCAAAGGGCAAACCCGUUCACAUCCCCGUGUCGAAAGAUGGCAGCUCGGACAGUGAACCUAUCGGACAGAACCUUGAUGGUAUUCAUCUGCCCCAGCUCUACGCCGGCACUGUUCUUCUUGUAUCAGACAAUGUCAACGGAACCGUCGUCCUGAGAUCCAGCAAUGGCAAGUGGGAGUCCGCAGAGAAUCUCGGAACCAUCCCCAAUCCUCUGGUCAGCCAGGGUGGAUUCACAGUUGCCUCUGUUCAGAUCUCGGACAGUCUCUAUGCCGUCAGCGAGUUCUUUGGAGAUGCCGUCGACGGUGUUCAGGGCAACAGGACAGAUUUCCCACUGAGGGAUAUCACAAAAGAGGUUGAGGCACUACUCAGAGCUUAG